AUGACAACAUCUAUGUUAGGAAGAUAUCAAAUUGGUUGGUUUCUUCAAAAUUUGCAGAUGAACUUUGAAUUUCAAUUUUUUAGAUCGAAAUAUGUGCCGAUCAACAGAAAGAGUUGAGAUUGUACCACAAGAAACAUGUGUUCAACAUGAAUGUUAGUAAAGAUUCCUUGUUCCAAAAAUCAAAAAAAAUAUUUUUUCCAGCAAUAAUAACCGAAUGUGCAACAAUGACAACUUCAGUUUGUCCCGGACAAAUCACAACAUCUUCGACAUCCUCAAAAAAUAAUUCACGACGUUCGAGCGAAGUUGGAACAACCCCAACAACAACUCCACAAUCCAAUAAAUAUCUCAAAGUGUGA